ACAAGUACCCUUGGUAUCACUACUGUAGAAACUACUACUACGGAAACCACUUCUGCAGGACCUACUUCUACAGAAACUAUGACCCCGGGCACCACUUCUGAAGAAACUACUAUCCUUAGCACCACUUCUGUAGGAACUACUACCCUGGAAACCACUUCUGCAGAAUCUAGUACUCUUGGUUCCACUUCUGUUGAAUCUACCGCUCUGGGCACCACUUCUGCAGAAACUAGUACCUUUGGCACCACUUCUGUAGAAACUACUACCAUGGGCACAACUUCUGCAGAAAUUAGUACCCUUGGAACCACUUCUUUAGAAACUAGUACCCUUGGAACCACUUCUGUAGAAAUUAGUACCCUUGGCAUCACUUCUGUAGAAACUACUAUACUGGAAACAUCAUCUACAGCACCCACAUCUGCAGAAACUACUUCUCUUGGCACCACUUCUGUAGAAACUAGUACACUUGGAACCACUUCUGUAGAAACUAGUACCCUUGGAACCACUUCUGUAGAAACUACUAUACUGGAAACCACAUCUACAGGACCCACUUCAGUUGAAACUACUUCUCCUGGCACCACUUCUGUAGAACCUACUACCCUUGGCACCACUUCUGCAGAAACUACUAUCCUGGAAACCACAUCUACAGGACCCACUUCAGUUGAAACUACUGCCUCAGGCACAACUUAUGCAGAAACUAGUACCUCUGGCACCACCUCUGUAGAAACUACUAUACUGGAAACCUCUUCUACAGCACCCAGUUCUGCAGAAACUACUUCUCUUGGCAAUACUUCUGUAGAAACUAGAACACUUGGAACCACUUCUGUAGAAAUUAGUACCCUUGGCAUCGCUUCUGUAGAAACUACUAUACUGGAAACCUCUUCUACAGCACCCACAUCUGCAGAAACUACUUCUCUUGGCAUCACUUCUGUAGAAACUACUAUUCUGGAAACCACACCUGCAGGACCCACUUCUGCAGAAACUGCUACCCUGGGCACAACUUCUGCAGAAACUAGUACCCUUGGAACCAUUUCUGAAGAAACUACUACCCUGGAAACCACAUCUGCAGGACCCACUUUGGCAGAAGAUACUAUACUUGGCACUACUUCUGUAGAAAUUACUACCCUGGGCAUCACUUCUGCAGAAACUGCCACCCUUGUCACCAAUUCUGAAGAAACUACUACCAUUGGCACCACUUCUGUGCAAACUACUACCCUGGAAACCACUUCUGCAGCACCCACUUCUGGAGAAACUACUACACUAGGCAAAACUUCUGCAGGAGCUACUACCCUUGGCACUACUUCUGUUCAAACUACUACCAUGGGCACAACUUCUGCAGAAACUAGUACCCUCGGAACCACUUCUGUUGAAUCUAUCACUCAGGGCACCACUUCUGCAAAGAUUACUACCCUUGGGACCACUUCUAUAGAAACUACAAUCCUGGAAACUACUUCUGCAGCACCCACUUCUGGAGAAACUACUACUCUGGGCAGAACUUCUGAAGGAGCUACUACCCUUGGCACUAUAUCUGUUGACUCUACAACUCUGGGCACCUCUUUUGCAGAAACUACUUCUCUUGGCACCACUUCUGUAGAAACUACUAUCCUUGAAACCACUUUUGCAGUACCCACUUCUGUGGAAACCACGACCUUGGGCACAACCUCUGCAGAAACUACUACCCUGGGCACAACUUCUGCAGAAAUUUCUUACCUUGGCACUACUUCAGUAGAAUCUAGUACCCUUGGAACCACUUCUGCAGGACCCACUUCUGCAGAAACUACUUCCCUUGACACCCCUUCUGUAGAAACUACUACUCUGGAAACCACUUCUGCAGAAACUACUACCCUAAGUACAACUACUGCAGAGAAUACUACCCUUCACACCACUUAUGUAGAAACUACUACCCUGGAAACCACUUCUGCAGGACCCACUUCUGUAGAAACGACUACCCUGGGAAUAACUUCUGCAGAAAUUAGUACCCUUGACACCACUUCUGUAGAAACUAGUACCCUUGGCACCACUUCUGUAGAAACUACUAUCCUUGAAACCACAUCUGCAGGACCCACUUCUGUGGAAACUACUACCUUGGGCACAACAAAUGCAGAAACUAGUACCCUUGGCACCACUUCUGUAGAAACUAGUACCAUUGGAACCACUUCUAUAGAAACUACUUUCCUGGAAACCACUUCUACAGCACCCACUUCUGCAGAAACUACUUCUCUUGGCUCCACUUCUGUAGAAACUAGUACCCUUGGCACCACUUCUGUAGAAACUAGUACCCUUGGCACCACUUCUGUAGAAACUAGUACCCUUGGAACCACUUCUGUAGAAACUAGUACCCUUGGAACCACUUCUGUAGAAACUAGUACCCUUGGAACCACUUCUGUAGAAACUAGUACCCUUGGAACCACUUCUGUAGAAACGACUACCCUGGGAAUAAUUUCUGCAGAAAUUAGUACCCUUGACACCACUUCUGUAGAAACUAGUACCCUUGGCACCACUUCUGUAGAAACUAGUACCCUUGGCACCACUUCUGUAGAAACUACUAUCCUUGAAACCACAUCUGCAGGACCCACUUCUGUGGAAACUACUACCUUGGGCACAACAUAUGCAGAAACUAGUACCCUUGGAACCACUUCUGUAGAAACUAGUACCCUUGGAACCACUUCUGUAGAAACUAGUACCAUUGGAACCACUUCUAUAGAAACGACUACCCUGGGAAUAAUUUCUGCAGAAAUUAGUACCCUUGACACCACUUCUGUAGAAACUAGUACCCUUGGCACCACUUCUGUAAAAACUACUAUCCUUGAAACCACAUCUGCAGGACCCACUUCUGUGGAAACUACUACCUUGGGCACAACAUAUGCAGAAACUAGUACCCUUGGAACCACUUCUGUAGAAACGACUACUCUAGGAAUAACUUCUGCAGAAAUUAGUACCCGUGACACCACUUCUGUGGAAACUACUGCCUUGGGCACAACAUAUGCAGAAACUAGUACCCUUGGAACCACUUCUGUAGAAACGACUAUCCUGGGCACAACUUCUGCAGAAAUUAGUACCCGUGACACCACUUCUGUAGAAACUAGUACCCUUGACACCACUUCUGUAGAAACUAGUACCAUUGGAACCACUUCUAUAGAAACGACUACCCUGGGAAUAACUUCUGCAGAAAUUAGUACCCUUGACACCACUUCUGUAGAAACUAGUACCCUUGGCACCACUUCUGUAGAAACUAGUACCAUUGGAACCACUUCUAUAGAAACUACUUUCCUGGAAACCACUUCUACAGCACCCACUUCUGCAGAAACUACUUCUCUUGGCUCCACGUCUGUAGAAACUAGUACCCUUGGAACCACUUCUGUAGAAAUUACUAUCCUUGAAACCACAUCUGCAGGACCCACUUCUGUGGAAACUACUACCUUGGGCACAACAAAUGCAGAAACUAGUACCCUUGGCACCACUUCUGUAGAAACUAGUACGAUUGGAACCACUUCUAUAGAAACUACUUUCCUGGAAACCACUUCUACAGCACCCACUUCUGCAGAAACUACUUCUCUUGGCUCCACGUCUGUAGAAACUAGUACCCUUGGAACCACUUCUGUAGAAACUACUACCCUGGAAACCACAUCUGCAGAACCCACUUCUGUGGAAACUACUACCUUGGGCACAACUUAUGCAGAAACUAGUACCCUUGGUACCACUUCUGUAGAAACUAGUACCAUUGGAACCACUUCUAUAGAAACAACUACCCUGGAGACAACUACUACAGGACCCACUUCUACAGAAUCUACUAACCUUGGCACCACUUAUAUAGAAUCUACAACUCUGGGCUCCACUUCUGCAGAAACUACUAACUUUGGCACCACUUCUGUAGAAACCACUAUCCUGGAAACCACUUCUGUAGAAACUUCUAUCCUUGAAAGCACUUCUGCAGGACCCACUUCCGUAGAAACUACUACUCUGGAAACCACAUCUGCAGAACCCACUUCUGUGGAAACUACUAUCUUGGGCACAACUUAUGCAGAAACUAGUACCAUUGGCACCACUUCUGUAGAAACUAGUACCCUUGGAAUCACUUCUGUAGAAACUACUAUCCUGGAAACCAAUUCUACAGCACCCACUUCUGGAGAAACUACUACUCUUGCCACCACUUCUGUAGCCACUACUAUUCUUGAAGCCACUUCUGCAGGACCCACUUCUGUAGAAACUAGUACCCUUGGAACCACUUCUGUAGAAACUACUACUCUGGAGACUACUACAGGACCCACUUCUAUAGAAUCUACUAACCUUGUCACUACUUAUAUAGAAUCUACGACUCUGGGCACCAUUUCUGCAGAAACCACUAACCUUGGCACCACUUCUGUAGAAACUGCUAUCUUUGAAACCACUUCUGUAGGACCCACUUCUGUGAAAACUGCUGCCUUGGGCACAACUUAUGCAAAAACUAGUACCCUUGGCACCACUUCUGUAGAAACUGCUAUCCUUGAAACCACUUCUGCAGGACCCACUUCUGUAGAAACUAGUACCCUUGGAACCAUUUCUGUAGAAACUACUACUCUGGAGACAACUACUACAGGAUCCACUUCUACAGAAUCUACUAACCUUGGCACCACUUAUAUAGAAUCUACAACUCUGGGCACCCCUUCUGUAGAAACUACUACCCUGGAAACCACUUCUGCAAUACCCACUUUGGCAGAAGCUCCUAUACCUGGCAUUACUUUUGUAGAAAUUACUACCCUGGGCACCACUUCUGCAGAAACUUCUACCCUUGUCACCACUUCUAUAGAAACUACCCUGGGCAAAACCUCUGCAGAAACAACCCAUGGCACCACUUCUGAAGAGACUAGUACCCUUGGCACCACUUCUGUACAAACUACUACCCUGGGCACAUCUUCUGCAGGACCCACUUCUGCAGAAACUACUAUCCUGGAAACCACUUAUGCAGAAACUACUACCCUGGAAACCACUUAUGCAGGAACUGCUACCCUUGGCACCACUUCUGUUGAAUCUACCACUCAGGGCGCCACUUCUGCAAAGAUUACUACCCUUGGCACCAUUUCUAUAGAAACUACUACCCUAAACCACAUCUGCAGGACCCACUUCUGUAGAAACUACUACCGUGGAAAUCACCUCUGCAGGACCCACUUCUGUAGAAACUAGUACCCUUGUAACUAGUUCUGUACAAUCUACAUCCCCUGAAACCACUUUUGCAGAAAUUACUACCCUGGGGACAAAUUCUGCAGGAUCUACUUCUGCAGAAACUACUACUCAGGGUAAAACAUCUGCAGAAACCACUUCUGCAAGACCUACUUCAGCAGAAACUACAAUCCUUGGAACCGCUACUGAAGAAACUACAACCCUGAAAACCACUUCUGCAAGACCCACUUCUGUAGAAACUACUAUCCUUAGCACUACUUCUGUUGAAUCAACAACUCUGGGCACCACUUCUGCAGAAGCUAGUACCCUUGGCACCAAUACUGAAGAAACUACUACCCUGGAAACCACUUCUGCAGAACCCACUUCUGUAGAUACUCCAACCCCUGACAGAUCUUCUGUAGAAAGUACUACCCUGGGCAUUACUUCUGCAGAAACUAGUACUCUUGGCACAACUUCUGCAGAAAUUACUACCCUGGGGACAGCUUACGCAGAAAUUAGAACCCUUGGAGACAUUUCUGUAGAAAUUUACACCAUUGAAUCCACAUCUGCAGGACCUACUUCUGCAGAAACUAGUACCCUUGGCACAACUUCUGCAGAAACUACUACCCUUGGAACCACUACUGAAGAAACUAAUACUCUGGAAAUUACUUUUGCAAGACCCACUCCUGUAAGAGCUACUACCCUUGGCACCACUUCUUUAGAAUCUACAACUCUGUUCACCACUUCUGCAGAAACUAGUACCCUUGAAACCACUUUUGCAGAAAUUACUACCCUGGGGACAACUUCUGCAGAAAUGACUACCCUUGGAAUAACUACUGAAGAAACUACUUGCCUGGAGACCACUUUUGCAGGAUUCACUUCUGCAGAAACUACUACACUGGGUACAUCUACAGAAACUAUUACCCUUGGCACCACUUCUGAAGAAACUACAACUCUGGUCACCACUUAUGCAGAAACUAGUACCCUUGAAACCACUUCUGUAGAAACUACUAUCCUGGAAACCACUUCUGCAGGAACCACUUCUGUAGAAACUACUACCCUGGGUACAACUUCCGCAGGAUCUUCUGCAGAAACUACUGUCCUGGAAACCACUUCUGCAGCAACCACUUCUGUAGAAACUACUACCCUGGGUACAACUUCCGCAGGAUCUUCUGCAGAAACUACUACCCUGGAAACCACUUCUGCAGAAACCACUACCCUAGGUACAACUUCCGCAGGAUCUUCUGCAGAAACCACUCCCCUGGAAACCACUUCUGCAGGAACUGCUACCUUGGGUGAAACUUCUGUAGAAUCUAUUGCCCUUGGAACCACUUCUGCAGGACCCACUUUUGCAGAAACUACUACCCUUCGUACCAUUUCUGUAGAAACUACUACCCUGGAACCACUUCUGCUGAAUCAACCACUCAGGGCACCACUUCUGCAAAGAUUACUACCCUUGGCACCACUUCUGCAAAAACUAGUACUCUUGGCACUACUUCUAUAGAAACUACAACCCUGGAAGCCACUUCUGCAGGACCCACUUCUGUAGAAACUACUACCCUUGGUACAACUUCUGAAGGACCUUCUGGAGAAACUACUACCCUGGAAACCACUUCUGCAGAAACUACUACCUUGGGGAAAACUUCUGCGGAAACUUCUGCCCUUGUCACCACUUCUGUAAAACCUAAAACUCUGGUCACCACUUCUGCAGAAACUAGUACUCUUGGAACCACUUCUGUAGAAUCUACUGCCCUUGAAACCACUUCUGCAGAAACUACUACCCUUCACACCACUUCUGUUGAAUCUUCCACUCAGGGCACCACUUCUGCUGAAUCAACCACUCAGGACACCACUUCUGCAAAGAUUACUACCCUUGGCACCACUUCUGCAAAAACUAGUACUCUUGGCACUACUUCUAUAGAAACUACAACCCUGGAAGCCACUUCUGCAGGACCCACUUCUGUAG